AUGGACAAUACCAGGAUGAACUCCUUCUUAGAGUAUGCAAUUUGUAACCGUGGGACGAGCGCCUACUCACCCAAGGGUUACCAUCAUUUAGAUCAAGGGAUGCCAUCUUUUCCCUCUUGUUCAGGUACUACAAGUGACAACUAUAAUGGUGAUGGACGGUUUUUAGUAGGAGGGAGCGCUUCAGUUCCAGUGCAACAAGAACUCCAAAAUCCAAACCUCCAUCACAACGCUCAUCACACCAACGUGGGCAUCCCCUAUGGUAGCUCUGGACCAGCUUAUACGCCGCAGACUUGCACUCAAGGCUAUGGACAUCAGUUUUACCUUAACCAGGAACCAGAAGGAGUAUAUUUCCAGCCAAACGGAUUUGCCUCCAGCAUUGGGCCUAGCAUUGGGUCUUUGUCAGAGAACUACUGUGGCGUUUCGGGGCCUGGUCAGUACCAGCAGCAUCAGUAUGGACAGGAACAGCAGGGCUUCCUACAGGGAUCCUACACCAACCUUUCCCCUCUUCCCAGUGCAGAAAAAGAGUCUGCAUAUCAAAACGAACAGUCUUCUGCAACGCAGACCUUUGAGUGGAUGAAAGUUAAGAGGAACCCACCAAAAGCAGCAACUAAGAUUUCCGAAUAUGGAUUAAAUAGUCCUCACAACAUCAUCAGAACGAAUUUUACCACUAAGCAAUUAACUGAACUGGAGAAAGAAUUUCAUUUCAACAAGUACCUAACCCGGGCCAGGAGAGUUGAAAUAGCAGCUGCCCUUGAGCUCAACGAAACUCAGGUCAAAAUCUGGUUCCAGAACAGGAGGAUGAAACAGAAAAAGAGAGAGAGAGAGGGGCUUGCUACCCAUGUUCAGGGUAAUGUAGCAAAGGGGGGAGAAACGUCUGAUCAGUCAGUUUCCACAUCACCUGACGUUUCCCCAAACUCCUCGACCUCCCAGGAAAUCCGAGAUUAGAAAAUUAAAGGCAAGACUGAUAAAUAAAACGAAAAGUUCUCUCUCAGCUUUCUGUUCAAGAAAGCACGAAUAUCGUUUUCAGCAGUUAAAAGACUUGAACUUCCUAUGUUUAACUUGAGACUGUGUGGGCAGAGACUUGGGGAUUUGUGUCUGCAUACCAGAACUUUUAAAAAGCACACUGCUUUACCCCAAUGGUGUAAAAAGAACACAAUUGUUUCAAGAUAAUUGAGCUAAGCAAUACAUCUGUGAUCCAGUUCUAAAGGACUGAGACACAUCCAUCUGAUUACCUAUUUUUUUUCUUCUUGAUAGUUGUAGAAUUCAGCUCGAUUACUUUAGAGCUCGGUUCUCAGAUAUUUUAUAACUGACAUAAAUGUAGAGCAAAUAUUUAAAAUAUAAAAUUAUGCUAUAAUAUAGAUUUACUAUUGCACAGAGGAACAUUUGAACACAAAGAAGCUUUUCUUCUUAAAGCAUUGUCAGUAUGUCUUUACCUCAGGGACCUUAUCCACUGUGUAAUGGGAUAUGCACUUUUGCUAACACAAAAGUAGCCACAGUAUUUUGUUGCAAUUUUAUUUAAUGAACGUCUUGUAAAUAUACCCAUACACAGCUUUUCUACAGCGUAAAUUGUUUCAGUAAUAUCAUGUUACAGUUUUAUGUACUUUGUUUAUUCGUGUAUAUAUAAUUAUUUUUGUACGUUUACUGCAUUUGCAAUUGUUUCCCACAAUAAUGUGAAUUCUCUUGAAAUGCAACACACUUUGCACUAUGUUUCUACAGGGUAUUUGUUAGUGGUUUGUUGAUUUUUUUUUCUAAGUAAUCCACACUUUCAUAUGUCCGAAACCAGUUCUUUAUCUAAGUGUUUUUGUACUUAGAACAACUGGUAAUUGAAUCGGGGACCUUGAAAAUCAGCAAGGGCAUACGCGCAGAGAUCAUUGUUUUUGGGUACUGCAUUUAAUCGGUUUUGACAUAUAAACGAAAUUGCAUGAACAAUACCUCUACCGAAAUGCCAAAUUGUAUUGCUUUAGCAUUUUCGUAUGUCUUAG